AAAAACACCAUACUUAAAGAUACCAGCGAUGCAAAGCACCAACAAAUGAAAAAAAAUACCGAACAGGAUGAUACCAAUAACGCAAGGCACCAACUAGUGAAAGAAACACCAACUGGAUGA